GUGCAUUGGUAUAACAAUAGGUAUGGUCAUUAAAUUAGUAGAUGAUCGAUUAUUAGACGAUUUUACGUCUUAGAUGAUUAGACGAUUUCUUCAUAUUGAACACAGGGAGACUGUCAUAGACUCAGAGAUGGUGCGACAACUGACCGUUUUGGAAUGACUUCACCUCCCUUUUGAUGCAGUAUGCCACAUAAAAUAUGCAUUUAUCCAACAGAUACACAUCAUGUGAGUCUACAUUCAUGCCACAAAAUGAAGUGGUAUGUGGCAACUGCACAAAAACGUGAGAUGCGGGUCAUCGGAGAGAUACAUUAAGCAUGGUGCUGGGGGAUGCGAAGUGUAAUAUAUGCCGUUGUUGUAGAGCCAUUCGUUUUCUGUCGGUUUGUAUGGGAAUCUAAAAUCGCAUGUUCUGGUCCUUAAAAUGCAACAUUAGAUUAUUUUGAAAUGAAUCAUUUAAAUGUGUUAUUGGAGUAAACGCUGUUACUGUAGGUUAUGCUUACUUGUAAAUGUUUCCUAUUAAUCCAAAAGAAAAGGUUUAAUCGCUUCUGAGAAAAUGCCGCCUAACGGAUUUAUUUGUAUUCUAUCCUGAAGUGCGCAUAGGGGGCGCCUUUUCGUGAUAAAAAUGGAACACGAGCCUGGCGUUGACUUCCCACGAAUUUGACUGAGCUGAGCCAUGGUAUUACAGAGACAGUAUUAAUGAACACAUUCGCAUACACAUACAAUUAGGCUGUGUUUUUGUCGGCGGCGGGGAAGACACAAAUGCAUCUGAACGAGUAGGAUACGCCUAUGCUGCAUCUGUUACAGAUGCGCACCAGCUGCUUGUAGAUGCAGAUAACAUUGCAUUUUGACGCAGUCUCUGUUCAUUUUCCGAUAUCUCUCAAAGACGAAUACGACGGAUAUUAAUCAACUGUAAUUGUCAAUGACUCUGCUAGUUGGACAAAUCACGAUGCUAGGAGGAUAAGUAAUAAAUAUGGCGGCUUUUGGCGUGUGAUAUUAUAAACAUAAUAAAACAACAGCCUCGACCUCAUCAGCCUACAUCGUGUAUAAAAUGGAGUUGGGAAUUGCUGAGUAGCAAGAGUGCACGCAACGUGAUCAUGGGGUAUAAGAUCACAGGAGCGGGGAUGGACCGCGUGAGUCAGCUGUGGCGACUGCGGCGUCGUGCCCGCAGAGGGGCGCUGUGCAUGGCACUCUUCUGCAUGAGCAUGGCAGUUCUCUACACACUGUGUGCCGAAAACAGCGUGCCCGUCACGGACGCCAUCUUCGGGGAACGGGCGAGGACCCGUGCUCAGCCAAGGACACAUUCUCUUGUUAAGGUGUUGCGAGGUGGUGCGUCAAAGCCAAUCUACGUUGACCUGCAAAAGCUCCCUGGGGUGAUCCCUGGCGACCCGCGCCGGCCCAUUCCCGUGCUCUCCUCCCUCAACCAUUCCCUGGAGACAGACCACCGGGACCAUCGCCUGAGGCCCAAGGAUCGCAAGCCCCACGGCGGCUUUAUGUCCUGGCUCCCACGACCCUUAACCCGCGCCAUAGAGACCCUCUUCGGAGGCCGGCGCAAGGGAGAGCUGAGCGGCGCCGGAUCGGACACAGAGUUCUUCGGGCCCAACGGCACCCUGGGAGAAGUGUGGGAUGAUGAGAUGUCAAGCACCAUGCUGGGGAAGAGGCUGAGGAAGGUGGUGCAGAACUAUCAGGCGAUGAAUAAGUAUGGGGUGCAGUUCCCUGACGUGGGGGCUGCAGCCCGUCACCCUAAGCGGUCCGGCCCUGAGCUGCUGUGUCAGCUGAAGGACACCGUCUCCAUCACCACUCUCACCCCCGAAAUGGAGCCCUUCGUCCGGUUCCCCUGGGCCACUCAGCUUCCUCCCCGACACCUGAGCAUGGACAUCGGGCCGUUCAAGACCUGCGCAGUGGUGUCGUCGGCAGGAUCCAUGAAGAACUCUGGAUUAGGCAAAGAGAUAGAUGCCCAUGAUGCUGUGGUGCGGUUCAAUGCUGCACCCACAACUGGUUUUGAGAAAGAUGUGGGCUCCAAAACAACCAUUCGCCUCAUAAACUCCCAGGUGAUGGCAUCGGAUGACCACCGCUUUCUCUCCAGUUCUUUAUACAGCAAUGGCAUCUUAGUGGGCUGGGACCCGGCUCCCUACUCUUCAGACUUGAAUGAGUGGUACAACAAGACAGAUUAUCCCAUCUUCCUGCAAUAUCAGCGGUACCGUCGCUUGCACCCUCAACAGCCGUUCUACAUUCUACACCCACGGGUCGAGUGGCAGUUGUGGAAUCGGAUCCAGGAGAACAUGGCAGAACCCAUCCAGAAGAACCCACCCUCUUCUGGCCUGUUAGGCACAGUGCUGAUGAUGUCAUUGUGUGAGGUGGUGCAUGUGUAUGAGUUCCUGCCAUCGCGCCGCAAGACCGAGCUCUGCCACUACUACCAGCGUUUCAUCGACGCGGCGUGCACGCUCGGCGCUUACCACCCCCUCCUCUACGAGAAGAACCUGGUCAAGAGGAUGAACCAGGGGCUCGACCGGGAUAUCUACACCCACGGACGAGUCUCUCUGCCAGGUUUCAGCUCUUUUAACUGUACCCGUGGCCUCCCGUCUGCUAUGCACUGAAAAAUUUGAGGAAUGAAGAUCGACCACU